CAGAGGAACUGUGGCCGUAGGCCAGCGGUUCCGGCGGGUCCUCAGAAUUGGACGGGCGCUGAAGCGACCGGCCGACCGAAGGGCAAGAGACAAGAUUCCGGAAGCACAACAGGUCUGGCGCUGGGGCGGCCGGGCUUGGGCCCCGGGCAUCCGCCGUCUGCAACCCAAUGACUCCAGACGGGCCUCUGCUGGCGGUGCAGGCGGCCCUGAAGAAGUGCUUUCCUGUGGUGGAGGAGCAGCAGCGCCUGUGGCGGAGCAGCCUGAGCGACUGCCCGCCGCUCCUGGCCUCCCUCUGCAACCUGGCCGAGCAGCUGCGGGCGGCGCAGAACCUGCGCUUUGAGGACGUGCCGGCGCUGCGGGCCUUCCCGGGUUUGCAGGAGCGGCUGAGGCGCAAGCAGCUGGAGGCCGGGGACGCGGUCCUGGACCAGCUCGGAGAGCGGCUAGCUGCCCUCCUCAAGGUGCGUGACACUGUCAGCAGCCACGUGGGACAAGUGCUGCAGAUCUAUGAGCAGCAUGCAGACGCAAUCGGCAUUGACGCUGUCCUGCAGGCUUCAGCGGUGAGCCCCUCUGUGGCUGACAUGUUGGAAUGGCUGCAAGAUAUUGAGAGACAUUAUCAAAGUUCGUACCUGAAGAGAAAGUACCUCCUGUCCUCAAUCGAAUGGGGAGAUUUGGCAGGAAUCCAAGCUUUGCCCACAGCCUGGGACCGGAUUUCGGAAGAUGAACACCAAGACUUGGUACCAGACAUCCUACUGAAUGUUUCCUUCUCCCUGGAAGAGUAAGGAAGCCAUGUGCUUAUCUGGAGGUCAGAGGGACACAGUUGAAGACCAGCAGUGCCGCACUCUGCUAUUUCUUAAGAAAUAUCGAUAUUGCCCUGACCGGUUUGGCUCAGUGGAUAGAGCGUCGGUCUGCGGACUGAAGGGUCCUAGGUUCAAUUCCGG